UGAUGUUUUUUACUUUAGUCUACUUUCUCCCACAUCGUUCUCUCCUCUCCUUCAUCAUCAAACCAUUUUUUUUUUUUAUUUAAUAUCGCCUUUGCAUUUCUCUAUCCGCUCUCAAAGACGGUGAGGCCAGAGCCGAUCGGGUUCUUCUGCGCCGCACUUUGGUGUUUGAUUGCAGAGUCAGAUGGCUGUGUCAAUUAGGAACAAAAGCACAAGCCUGUUACGGUUAGCACAAGAGAGAGCAGCAUCGAAGAAGGUGGAAGAAGACCACAAGAAGCAAGAAGAUAUUGCAGUGCCAUGUCUUUCUAAAGAUUGCAUUUGGAAUAUUCUCAUUCGGCUGCCUAUAAAUUCUCUUCCACACUCAAGGUUUGUGUGUAAGUCAUGGUACGACAUAAUUAACAGUCCCACUUUCAUUGAUGCCCACCUUCAUCGCUCUCAAACCGUUUUGAUCUUUCUGUGUUUUCAACAUAGAAGAUCACUCUCUUCUGUCAAAUCAGUUCCAAAUACUUUUUCAGUUGAAUCCAGUUUUCUUCCGACAAAAUCUGGUUCUAUCUUUGGGGAGCCCACUGUCAGCUCCAAAUCAAUAUUUUACAUGGGUUUCAUGGAAUUCAAGAAUGGAAAAUGUCAGAUGGGAGAAUACAAUAUAACUUGCUCGGGAAACAUUAGAGGUACAUGCAAUGGUCUAGUUUUACUUGAUAACAAACUGAAGAAAGGAGGACUGUUGGUCAUGAAUCCUGUGACAAGGAAGAUCAUUGCUCUACCUCUUGGUACAAUAUCUUCUCCCCAUAAUGAUUCUUAUGGCUUUGCAUUUAUUAAUGCCACAGGUGAUUAUAAGGUGGUACACUUGUUUAGGGAUAUGUUGGGAUACAUUAAUUGUGAGACACUAUAUCUGGGAACAAGAGUUUGGAGAGAGGUGAAUGGACCCACUUUUGGACUGUUUGGUUGGUUAGGAAACAAUCCCGUUUCAGCAAUUGACGCAUUGCAUUGGAUUCCUGAAAUUGAUCGCAGUGAUUACCUCGUUUCCAUGGAAAUGGAAAAUGACAAGUUCACUACAAUUGCUCUCCCCCAAAGCUGUCAAAAAUACGAUGGGAUUAUUGAAAUGGGUGGUUUUCUAUGUUUUGUAACUCAUGAGGAACUCAACGUAGAUGUUUGGAUCUUGAAAGGUUUAUGUGGGGAGGUUUGGACAAAGCAGCAUUGCAUCACAAGAGGUUGCAUACUUGACAUGGUUCCCCUUUUGAGUCUAGGAGUUAGUGGAGAUAUAAUUUUCAAGAGGGAUGAAGAUGGUUCCCUUUAUAUCUAUAACUUCGAACUCCAAGAGUUGAGAAAGAUUGAGAUGGAAGCGGCUGGUCUCCUGCAAUCAAAUUUGUACAUGCCUCAUGUCAACAGCCUUGUUUCAUGGAAAUGAAGGAGUUGUACACUAUUGACUUGCCCUUUGAUAAGUCAUAUGAAGCUGUUUUAUAUGCAUCACUAUUGAUAAUAUAAGUAAUAAUUAAUGUGGAUAUCACUUGUUGUUUAUAGUAAUUCUCUGGGUUAUGGUAAGACUGCUUCAACAACUACUUGUCUUGAAACGCACUCUGGAUUGGUUGGUUGGAUUGGUGUAUGGUUGUAUAAUACCUAAAUGCUCUUUAUCAUCUAUUUUUAAAUCUAAUGAUGCAUUUUGCAUUUAUGUUUUAA